UGACGGCUCUGGGCGGGUCUGGGCUGCUCCAGUGUUUUGGGGCCCAGGAGCUGUGGGAGGAGCCGGCGGCCUCACCGUGGUAACCGCAGCGCCGCCGCCGCCCCGCCUUGCAGGCCUCGGGACUGUCACCGCCUUGGCUGUGAGGGUACUUUGGCCGGGUCCCCGGAAGUAGCCCCCCCCAGACUCUCAGACACCCCCAUCCUCCCCACGCCGCUACCGCCGCCGCCAUGCAAGGCGAGGACGCCAGAUACCUCAAAAGGAAAGUUAAAGGGGGGAAUAUUGAUGUCCAUCCAUCAGAAAAAGCUCUCAUUGUUCAGUAUGAAGUGGAAGCUACCAUUCUUGGAGAAAUGGGGGAUCCCAUGUUGGGCGAACGAAAAGAAUGCCAAAAAAUCAUUCGUCUGAAGAGUCUCAACGCUAACACAGAUAUAACCUCUCUGGCCCGGAAAGUGGUUGAAGAAUGUAAACUCAUUCAUCCCUCAAAGCUAAAUGAGGUAGAACAGCUGUUGUACUAUCUACAGAACCGCCGUGAUUCAUUGUCAGGUAAAGAAAAAAAAGAAAAAUCAAGCAAGCCUAAAGAUCCACCUCCUUUUGAAGGAAUGGAGAUUGACGAGGUGGCCAACAUUAACGACAUGGAUGAGUACAUUGAGCUGCUCUAUGAAGAUAUUCCAGACAAGGUGCGGGGUUCCGCCUUGAUCCUGCAACUGGCUCGAAAUCCUGAUAACCUCGAAGAACUACUAUUAAAUGAAACUGCCCUGGGUGCGCUAGCGAGAGUCCUGAGAGAAGACUGGAAACAAAGUGUUGAGUUAGCUACAAACAUCAUUUAUAUCUUCUUUUGCUUUUCUAGCUUUUCUCAUUUUCAUGGACUCAUCACUCAUUAUAAAAUUGGAGCACUGUGUAUGAAUAUCAUUGAUCAUGAGUUAAAAAGACAUGAGCUUUGGCAAGAAGAACUUUCUAAGAAGAAGAAAGCUGUUGAUGAAGACCUUGAAAAUCAGACGUUGAGAAAGGAUUAUGACAAAACCUUUAAAAAGUACCAGGGACUUGUGGUGAAACAAGAACAGCUAUUGAGAGUUGCGCUCUAUCUACUUUUGAAUCUUGCUGAGGACACCCGGACAGAACUGAAGAUGAGGAACAAGAACAUCGUUCACAUGCUGGUGAAGGCUCUGGAUCGGGACAACUUUGAGCUGCUCAUUCUCGUUGUGUCAUUCUUAAAGAAACUCAGUAUUUUUAUGGAGAAUAAAAACGACAUGGUGGAAAUGGAUAUUGUUGAAAAACUGGUAAAAAUGAUACCCUGUGAGCAUGAAGAUCUCCUGAAUAUCACUCUCCGGCUUUUAUUAAACCUCUCCUUUGACACGGGCCUGAGGAACAAGAUGGUACAAGUGGGACUUCUCCCAAAGCUCACUGCACUCCUGGGCAAUGAAAACUACAAACAAAUAGCAAUGUGUGUGCUUUACCAUAUAAGCAUGGAUGACCGCUUUAAAUCAAUGUUUGCAUAUACUGACUGCAUACCACAGUUAAUGAAGAUGCUCUUCGAAUGUUCAGAUGAACGAAUUGACUUGGAGUUGAUUUCUUUCUGCAUUAAUCUUGCUGCUAACAAGAGAAAUGUCCAGCUCAUCUGUGAAGGUAACGGGCUGAAGAUGCUCAUGAAAAGAGCCCUGAAGCUCAAGGACCCACUGCUGAUGAAGAUGAUCAGAAACAUCUCCCAGCAUGAUGGACCCACUAAGAAUCUGUUCAUCGAUUAUGUUGGGGACCUUGCAGCCCAGAUAUCCAGUGAUGAAGAGGAGGAGUUUGUAAUUGAGUGUUUGGGAACUCUGGCAAAUCUGACCAUCCCAGACCUAGACUGGGAGCUGGUUCUGAAGGAGUACAAGCUUGUUCCGUUCCUCAAAGAUAAGCUGAAGCCAGGUGCUGCGGAGGACGACCUUGUUUUAGAAGUGGUUAUAAUGAUUGGAACUGUGUCUAUGGAUGACUCGUGUGCCGCACUUCUAGCGAAAUCUGGGAUAAUCCCAGCACUCAUUGAACUGCUGAAUGCUCAGCAAGAGGAUGACGAAUUUGUGUGUCAGAUAAUUUAUGUCUUCUACCAAAUGGUUUUCCAUCAGGCCACAAGAGAUGUCAUAAUCAAGGAAACGCAAGCUCCAGCAUAUCUCAUAGACCUGAUGCAUGAUAAGAAUAAUGAAAUCCGGAAAGUCUGUGAUAACACAUUAGAUAUUAUCGCAGAGUAUGAUGAAGAAUGGGCAAAGAAAAUUCAGAGUGAGAAGUUUCGCUGGCAUAACUCUCAGUGGUUGGAGAUGGUAGAGAGUCGUCAGAUGGAUGAGAGUGAGCAGUACUUGUAUGGUGAUGACCGAAUUGAGCCUUAUAUCCAUGAAGGGGACAUUCUUGAAAGGCCUGACCUUUUCUACAGCUCAGAUGGACUGAUUGCCGCUGAAGGAGCCAUAAGUCCAGAUUUCUUCAAUGAUUUUCACCUCCAGAAUGGAGAUGUGGUUGGGCAGCACUCAUUUCCUGCCAGCCUAGGAAUGGAUGGCUUUGGCCAACCAGUGGGAAUUCUUGGACGUCCUGCCACCGCCUAUGGAUUCCGCCCUGAUGAACCUUACUACUACAGCUUUGGGUCUCGAUAAAGUCACCCCUUUCCAUGUGUACCCUCAGCUUAGGAGAGAUCUGUGUGGUGUGGGUUAACCUUGAAUCUUGACUUAAUAAUGCAUGUUGGUACUCCUGUGGGACUGUGUUUCUUAUUUCUCCAUGUUGUUAGCUGCAGGUUAACUCUGACCCUCACGUCUUCUGUUAAAAACAAUUGACGCUGCAGUGUUCACUCAUCCAGACACAUUUUGAGGAGAAUAACAUUUCCCAUGAGACUGUUGCGAAACUACUAGCCUGGAAAAAGAGAUACUACAUUAUGUACAUUAAGUGACUAAUUUCUAUUAAAAAGUGGCAUUCGUGCAAAGGAAUGGGCCAGAGUCAUGUGUUCAUAUGUGCUGUGUUUCAUAGGAACCACUCAUAUUCAUGGAAUACAGCACUUUUUUUUUGCUUUCUCUUUCUACUUAUAAACUUAGUGUUUUGUAUGAGCUGUGCUACCUUUACAUUUUAUUUUAAAUGAACCUCAUUCUGCCUUUUGUUUCAUGCUGUGUCUGGAAGCUUCUUUCCCAAGGUUAUUAACAAUAUGAGUUUUUAACUAAUGGUGAACAUAUGUUGGAAGUGGUGUUGGACCUUAAGUGAUUUGUUAUACUUCUAAGUAAUCGGGAUUCAUGACACUUUAACUAUAGCAGAAUACUAGGGCAACCUCCGUAAACGUAGCAGGAGCACCACUGGGCUUCUAAGCUUUGUUUUUUCCUGAAAUGUACAAUAUAAGGUGUGAACAAGCUAAUUUAUUUUGCCUUACCUAAGAAAAUUAAGGAAAGUAUUCUUUCUCUCUUUGUUAACUUUAGAAGUGGGUAAUGGGAAGUAGAGAGGGUCAUGGUGAUUAAUAAUGAGUUUUGAAAAUAAUUCAUUGAUUUUAAAAUGUUGAAAAUUUUACUUGAAAAACCAAGCAAGUGAGCUAAUUGUAAGCAUAGGUUGUUUCUUGAUUACCUCCUACCAAGGAAACACAAGGCUUCCAAACAACACAAAUCAAAGGUAAGCUUUCUGCCUUUAAAUUUAAGACCCACUGAUCUAACUAUACUUUUACCUUAAUUUACACAGUUAGCACAAAGUAUUAGAGCUGGGAAGGUCCUUGGGAACAAUUCAGUCCAUGUGCUUGGGAAACCAAACACUUAAAAAUGUAAAGAUAACCAACAGGUGUAUUCUCACCUGAUACCUGUAAGGUGGUAUAUGAUCGAGAUGUUGUUUUAGUAUAUGAUCGGGAUGUUGUUUUAGUAUAUGAUCUGGGAUGUUGUUUUAGUAUAUGAUUGGGAUGUUUUAGUAUAUGAUCUGGGAUGUUGUUUUAGUAUAUGAUCUGGGAUGUUGUUUUAGUAUAUGAUCUGGGAUGUUGUUUUAGUAUGUGAUUGGGAUGUUGUUUUAGUAUAUGAUCUGGAAUGUUGUUUAUGUUUGUGAACUCACAACCUAAGUGAUCUUUCUGGAAGCAUGCAGUUGUCUUUGUUUCCCUUUUACCCACAAAAUAAAUAUUAAUGUCAGAAAAUUUUGAA